GGAAGUCGACUGAAUUGUCUCAGCGUUGUUGUGUUUACAUCAACAGCUCCUGUUUUGCAUACCGCGUGCAGGUUCGGUGAGUGAAUAAACAGGUACAGGACAAAGUGAAAACCCUGCAGUGUUUGGAUGAAGUGACCAUGAAGCAGGACAGUGAUGCUGUGAACAUCCCCGCCUGCUUCAUAUCAAACCACGAAGGUUUCCUUGGAAGCAUCAAAAACUUCAUCAAAGACUUUGUGGUGACUGAGAUAGACAUCAGCGGACAGCGUGUGAACACAGCAGCAGCCACACAUGCACCAGACUGUGCCUCCCCAGAUAGGAACUAUGAAAGCAGUGCAGACUGUAAGUGGGACAAUCACUCCUCAGUCUCACAGGACACUGAUGUUUCAGCUGACUGCGGGUUAGAUGUCACCAUACCUAGCCCGGGCAGUUUUGAUUUAAGUGUGAUUUUAGGCCAGUCGGUCAGUGACGAGCUCGAGCAGUUCGUGUUGACUCUCAAAGAAGAGCCGACCAAGCAGGAGCUAUCUCUGGGAUCCUUCGCCGACAAACACCACAGAGCCAAUGUCCACCGGGCCGUCAGACACCGCUUCCCCUUCCUCAUGACUGUCACGAUUCAGCCUGAGAUCAGGGUGAGGGAGGACCCAGACUACAGAGAGCUCUCCCGGCUGGUUACAGAGGAUGAAGCAGAGGACUUCUUCAGGUUCAUAGAUGCCAAAGUGCGAGGCUCGUCCUAUACAUUUGGACCUGAUGACAAUAAGGAGCACAGGACGGCGGUCCACCACUUCCUGAGCAGGAGGUUCGGCAAACUGGUUGAGACUAAAAGCUUCACCGACCAGGGGACGACUGCAAUCUCGGUUAGGCUGAGAGAGCAAGGGAGGCCAAAGAAGAGAACCACAGAGGAACGUAAAGAAGAAGACGUUUACACUGCUUUCACUCUGCGUAAGGAGAACCUGGAGACUCUGGAGGCCAUCAGCUACAUGGCCGCAGCUCUCGGGGUCCUUCCGUCAGAUUUUACCUACGCUGGGAUCAAGGAUAAGAGAGCCAUCACUUACCAGUCCAUGGUGGUCAAGAAGGUCUCAACUCAACGGUUGAAAGAGAAAACGUCUGAGUUUGUGAAGAGAGGGAUGCAUCUGUCUCAGAUCCGCUCCGUCAGCGAGCCUCUCCGGCUCGGACGACUGCAGGGGAACCACUUUGACCUGGUGGUCCGUGACUUGAGACCACAUGGGGCCAGUGACGCACACUCCUCUGGCGCAGACACACACUCUCGUCUGGCAGCGCUGGUAAAGGAAGCAGUGGAGAAUGUCAAGGCCAGAGGUUUUGUCAACUACUACGGACCACAGAGGUUUGGGAGUGUGCAGAGCGUUCAGUCUGACCGUGUGGGGCUGGCGUUACUCAAAGAGGACAUGGUGAGUGCUGUGCGUCUCUUUUUUACUCCGGAGGACAGCAAUGACCCUCAGAGCCACGCCAAGAGACACUUCCUCCAAACAGAUAACGCCAAGGAGUCUUUGGCGCUGAUGCCGCUGUCGAAGGCCAGAGAGCGACUGAUGCUUCGGGCCCUGAACCGCUACGGCACAGGUCCGGAUGGUUGUGCCCAAGCCUGGUUCAGCCUGCCCCACAGCAUGAGGGUCUUCUACCCACACGCCUACUGCAGCAGAGUGUGGAACGAAGCGGUGGCACACAGGCUGACGACUCUGGGCCACAGGGCCAGGCGAGGAGACCUUGUGUGGGCGCAGGAAGACGCUGGAGAAACCAGCUUGCCUCAGAUCCAUGUGGUGACGGACCAAGAGGAGCAAGAUGGCGUGUACACACUGGGACAUGUGUUACUGCCGAUGCCUGGGAACACUGUGAAGUAUCCAGAAAACACCAUGGGGACUUGGUUCCAGGAGAGACUCGCCAGAGACGGACUGGGCGACUGUCGCUUCAGAGUCAGCAGCCUCAAACUAAAUCUGCCUGGCUGCUACCGCCCCCUGUUGGCCUCACCACGCAACCUCAGCUACCAGCUGCAGAGAGCAGCCUGCGGGGAGGGAGGAGGAGGAGGAGGAGAGGUGACAGGAAACAGCAGUAGAAACAGUGACCUUGAGCUGAACGGCACGACAGUAGAGGGGAAGCAGGACUCGCUUACUCUCACGUUAAACUUUGACCUGGACUCCUCCUGCUACGCCACCAUCUGCCUCAGAGAGAUCAUGAAGUGUGACCCCUAGAGGUCAGGGGACAUUGCUCUGUUGUAUUUCUACAUACUUUGCUGAACAGAAGGAUUUUUCUUGUUUUUAGUUUUUGUAACUCAUCAUUGUGAUACGUUAUUAGUUGCCUUUUGGUUUGUUGUUGAAGUAAUGAGCAUAAGGUUGUGUUUAUAAAUAGAAAAAUAAGCAUAAUGUGCAAUUGAUAAAACGAACAAAUCUAAAUGUAAAACCCUGUAAACCGUAUUUGUGUUUUGUGCCACGAAUAAAAAUUUUAGAAACAAC